GACGCCGUGUCUUCCACGUUUACACCGGACGUGGCAGUCUGGAGUGAAAUCACAGUAACUUCCCUCGCUCGCCCUCCAGUUUUAAACAUAUUUCGCGUUGCUGUUGUCGUGUUUAAACAUCAGCUCUAGUUUUAUAGAGUCAAACGUUCUCGGGCAGCCAUGGGGCUCACCAUCUCGUCCAUCUUCGGUCGGCUGUUUGGGAAAAAACAGAUGAGGAUUUUGAUGGUUGGACUAGAUGCUGCUGGAAAAACAACUAUCCUGUACAAAUUGAAGCUUGGAGAAAUUGUGACCACUAUCCCAACCAUUGGUUUCAAUGUGGAGACGGUGGAAUAUAAAAAUAUCAGCUUCACUGUUUGGGAUGUGGGUGGCCAAGACAAAAUCAGACCUCUCUGGAGGCAUUACUUCCAGAACACACAGGGUCUGAUCUUUGUAGUGGACAGUAAUGACAGAGAAAGAGUAGCUGAGUCUGCAGAGGAGCUCUCCAAAAUGCUUCAGGAAGAUGAGCUGAGAGAUGCCGUUUUGCUGGUAUUUGCAAAUAAACAGGACCUUCCAAAUGCCUUAACAGUCAGUGAACUGGCAGACAGACUUGGUGUACAUGCCCUUCGCAGCAGAACUUGGCACAUCGAGUCCACCUGCGCCACCCAGGGUACCGGGCUAUAUGAAGGACUUGACUGGCUAUCCAAAGAGCUGUCGAAGAACUAGAGAAGGAUCGGCUGGACAGCAGAGUGAGACUGAUCAACACAGUGCAUAAGAGAAGACAGACAUUCAGUCCAGAACCCAUUUGUCUUUUAGCGCCAAUGUUUACGAAAAGAACCAGGCUGUUGGAUGGUUAACUCAACUGUGACAACCUCUGUUUUGUUUUUCUGCACAGUCUCUCCUUUUUGCAGCCUUACAUUUAGACUUCCUGUUUCAUGGUGAGCAAAUUAUAUUUUUAUGGUUUUCCCAGAAAGAAAUACUUUCAUAAAUUUGGGAGUUUUGGUCAAGGUAAAAUGGUCAACUCCCAUAAGCUGUUAAUUGCCAUACCCCCUGUUAUUAUUUAACUUCUGGAUACUUUCUUCUUCUUUUUUUUUUUUUUUUUUUUUCUUCAAUACCAGCUUGUUAUUUGUAAGUCUGUGGCUUGAUAAUUAAAUGUAAUUUGCUUGUAGUUUGGCACCAAAAAGGAUCACUUUUUGGCACGAAGCUGUUUCUUGUAAUGCAUUUAUGUCUUUAUGCCCUUGCAAAAUAAAGUUAUGUAACUCUACUUUGUGCUGCAUUUUAUGCCAUGUUGCAGCAGGACCACACCACUGUGAGUUUAGAUUAAUGUCUUACAACUCUACUUCCUUACACGUCUGGAUUUCACCAUGUUUAAUUAUGUGGAAGCUUGUUUUCAAAUGCUUUGGUUUGUGUUUGAAGGCCAGCAAGAAUGUCUUACAGAAAGUAGCUUCAGCCAAAAGGAGGAAGGAAGUGCUUUCAGUGUUAACACAAGACCUGGGACAUUGCAACACAGUGAAGUCUCAUAUUAUUCUCCCUUUUUGUAUUUUCAGCAACAUUUAAUGUUGACUUCAAUGUACUGUGUAACAAACACUGUAAAAUAUGAAUUACUCCCAUUUCUCUAUAAUAAAGCACACAGCAUA